AUGGAGAGCGCGACGUUGCAAGAAGAGCGUUGCGCACAAACAUCACCUCACUGUCAAGCGGAAGUACGAAUGUACGCUGCGCAAUGUUUGCGCUUGCGGUUUUUUCCGCAACCGGCAAGCCUCUCACGGAAAAAUGACCGCGCCGCCUCCGAGCUCGGCAAACAGCCGUCAACGACAUCGACGUCAUCGUCGUCGUCGACAACGAAUGAGGGGAGGAAGAGACGGCGAGGAGAGGUAGCCAAUCCAGCUAACACUCUAGAUGGUCUAGUUGCCCGUCGUGCUGAUGAUACGCUUGAGUCCUUUCAGAAACGAUGUCUGAGCGAACAAGAAGCUAUCGAAGGACCGGACGAUGAACUUGAAGCCAAUGUAAUGACUUAA